GCAGCCAACUCAGUAUCUGAGUCAGGUUCCCUGAGCCAAAGCCGUGUGCACCCGCCACGCCCCCCUCCACCCUACAAACUCGGGGGAGCUGCCUGUGUUUUCUCUCCGGUAAUGAAGAGGCUGACAGGCCUGAGGCAGAGGGUCCGUGGGGGUUUGAUAUGCAGCUCCCGGGGGACCAGUGAUGUUGGGCACGUUUUUGUCUGCUCCUGGCUGCCGACUCGAGCAGCGCCCUCCCGUAGCGUCCUUGGGAAGAUGGCUGCUGUCUCCCCACGGAAGCCUGUUUACAGCUGAGCACAGACAAGCAGGGCCUUCAGAGGAGGGAGCGCUGAGCACUCAGGCCAAGGUCCAGGAAGGCUUCCUGAAGGAGGGAGGUUUCUCCGGAGUGUGGUAAAGCCCCAAGGCCCUCGCCAUGGACUUCCAGCACCGCCCCGGGGGAAAGACCGGGAGCGGAGGCGUGGCCUCCUCCUCAGAGAGCAACCGGGACCGCCGGGAGCGCCUCCGGCAGCUGGCCCUGGAGACCAUCGACAUCAACAAGGACCCUUACUUCAUGAAGAACCACCUGGGCUCCUACGAGUGCAAGCUGUGCCUGACGCUGCACAACAAUGAGGGGAGUUAUCUGGCGCACACACAGGGGAAGAAGCAUCAGACCAACUUGGCCCGGCGAGCCGCCAAGGAGGCCAAAGAGGCCCCCGCCCAGCCGGCGCCAGAGAAGGUCAAGGUGGAGGUGAAGAAGUUUGUGAAGAUCGGCCGCCCGGGCUACAAAGUGACCAAGCAGAGGGACACGGAGAUGGGCCAGCAGAGCCUCCUCUUCCAGAUCGACUACCCUGAGAUCGCUGAGGGCAUCAUGCCCCGCCACCGCUUCAUGUCCGCCUACGAACAACGGAUCGAGCCUCCGGACCGGCGCUGGCAGUACCUCCUGAUGGCUGCCGAGCCCUACGAAACCAUCGCCUUCAAGGUGCCGAGCAGGGAGAUCGAUAAGGCCGAGGGCAAGUUCUGGACUCACUGGAAUCGGGAAACCAAGCAGUUUUUCCUCCAGUUCCACUUCAAGAUGGAGAAACCUCCGGCCCCUCCGAGCCUCCCUGCUGGGCCCCCCGGGGUGAAGCGACCCCCGCCCCCCCUGAUGAACGGUCUGCCCCCCCGGCCGCCGCUGCCUGAGUCUCUGCCCCCGCCACCCCCAGGAGGCCUGCCCCUGCCGCCCAUGCCGCCCAGCGGGCCUGCGCCCUCGGGGCCUCCAGGCCCUCCCCAGCUGCCCCCACCGGCUCCCGGGGUCCACCCCCCGGCUCCCGGGGUCCACCCCCCAACAUCUGGGGUCCACCCCCCCGCACCAGGCGUCCACCCCCCGGCACCAGUGGUGCACCCCCCGGCUCCCGGGGUCCACCCCCCAACAUCUGGGGUUCACCCCCCUGCUCCGGGCGUCCACCCUCCAGCCCCAGGGGUCCACCCGCCUGCUCCGGGUGUCCACCCUCCCCCAUCUGCUGGGGUUCACCCCCAGGCCCCGGGGGUCCAUCCACCAGCUCCUGCAGUGCACCCCCAGGCUCCCGGUGUCCACCCCCCAGCCCCAGGGAUCCACCCCCAGCCUCCUGGGGUUCACCCCCCGCCUCCUGGGGUCCAUCCUGCAGCUCCUGGGGUCCACCCCCAGCCUCCUGGAGUUCACCCCUCAAAUCCUGGGGUGCACCCCCCAACUCCCAUGCCCCCAAUGCUGAGGCCCCCGCUGCCCUCCGAGGGUCCUGGGAACAUUCCUCCCCCUCCCCCAGCCAACUGAAAAGCUGCUCCUUCUCUGGGCAAGUUUGGGGUCUUGUCCUGUGUCUUCUCUCCCAGCUAAGUUUGGUGCUUUUGUACAAGGCCUUGCCGUGUCCCCAACGAUCAUUAAACAGCCUCCCCUGA